AUUUUAGAUCUCUGAAGAACUCUAGAAUGUUUCCGAAUUCUCAAGACCAGUAACAAAAUGAAUGAACUAACAGCACUUUCUCGAUAAUACAAGACUGUUCCUCCAUCUCCUUUAUAUACCUCGAGAGCCUUUGAACAAUGUCAUUCAUACAUUCUCAGCAUCAAUAUCUAUUUAUAAACUACAUCCAAAAUGUCGCUGAUUCCAAGUUUCUUUGGCAACCGAAGGAGCAAUGUAUACGAUCCAUUUUCUCUCGAUGUUUGGGAUCCCUUGAAGGAUUUUCCAUUUCCAAGUUCUGCACUUUCUGCUUCAAUCCCUCGGGAGAAUUCUGCCUUUGUGAGCACACGAGUUGACUGGAAGGAGACCCCACAAGCACACGUGUUCAAGGCUGAUCUUCCUGGACUGAAGAAGGAGGAAGUGAAAGUCGAAGUUGAAGAUGAUAGGGUUCUACAGAUAAGCGGAGAGAGAAGUGUCGAGAAAGAAGACAAGAACGAUGAAUGGCAUCGCGUGGAACGUAGCAGUGGAAAGUUCUUGAGAAGGUUCAGAUUACCUGAGAAUGCUAAAAUGGAUAAAGUGAAAGCUUCCAUGGAGAACGGCGUUCUCACCGUCACCGUUCCAAAAGAAGAGAUAAAAAAGGCUGAGCUUAAGUCUAUUGAGAUCUCUGGUUAAACUUAGACUGAGUUCUGUGUCUGUUGCUUUAUUGAGAUCUCUGGUUAAACUUAGACUGAGUUCUGUGUCUGUUGCUUUAAAUCGUGUGCUUUUCUUGGUUAUAAUGCUUUCCUUUUUGUGGCGUGGGUGCAACAAAUAUAUAGGGUGAUGUAAUUGUAAAAUAAUGCAUAAAUAAAUUAGUUGUUGUUCA